AAAUGCUCUGAGAGGAGCAGGAGAAGAUGGUGGAGAAUGUGCAAGACAUGUAUAAAACCAUGGACAACCUCUCCACUCAGUUGGAGGAGACAAAUGACAAGAGUGAUAUGAAGUACUGUUUGAAAAAGCAAAAGAUAAUAGAAGCUCGUUUAACGAAAGUGGAGGAGUUGGUGCUCCAGACAGAAACACCAAGAAAGUCCAUGUCUUCUGGUCUGCAAAGAGAGAAUCAAUCACUGUCUUUAUGUAUCAAAGGCACAUGGAUAGGCAUCCAGCAGAACCAGGAACAGACUGGGACACCACCAGUCGAGUCUUCAAUGACAAAGGGUGACUUGAUGCCUCAGACUCAAAAGAAACCAACUGAGUCAAAGUCUCAGUUGCCACAAGUGUCUACAAGUUCAUCUAAAGUAUCAUUGAAGGCUGAAGGUGCGAAAGUGGUUCUCCCGAGCUUCAAGAGACCAUCUGAGACAAAGUCCACAUUAACUACAUGUCUGCCCCACACAUCUGGAAAGGUCAGUCCUGUGAAAGAUGUGAGUCAGAGCGGCAAAAGUCGAAAAGAGGAAGAGUCGAUCUGCCCCGCCUUAGAAAACACCAUUCCCGUCUAUCUGAAAACGCGUCGUGCUAUGUACGCGCUUGAUGGGAAGAAAGAACCAUCAGGCGGGGCUUCCAGUAUUUUUAUGAAAACCUACAGUGGGAAAAAAGUCCACAAAGACGGGCCAAAUUAAUAUCCAUAGAGAGAAAAACAUAUUUGCCGCAUAUA